AUGAGCUCCUGGAUGAACGAGGCCGCUGCCGUCCAAAAUCACAAUGGCAACGGCUUCCCACAUAUGAACGACCCGAAUAACAUGGGACCGGGAGGAGGAAUGGGCGGAGCGCCGGCAGGCAUGAUGGACCCUUCCGCCUUCAUGGCUAAUGCUGGCCAGUUCAAUCCCGUCGCUGCUGGCCAGUUUAACCAUCAGCACAUGGCUGCGAUGCAAAAUAGCCCGAUGCGCAAUGCCUCGCCCUCCUUCUCGAAUCCCGCAUAUCAAACAAACCCCGUCAUUCCUUCCAAACGACCUCGUCCUAGAGAAGACAGCAUUGGCGCGUCUCCGCGACAAAAUCCUAACAUGCUACCGACUUCGCGCGCCGACACGCCUCAACAGUCGCCAUACCCGGGCUUCCAACCGAAUGCCAUGCAACAACAGAAUCCCGCUCAGCCUCAACACUAUCCUCAUCUACAACCCAAUGGUUCAACUACCGCGUCUCCUUCCCCAAUAAUGGCUGGCAACCAGCUAAGACCAGGAAGCGUCCCACAACGCGUCAAUACCGCGUCGCCUCAUCCCUUCUCUCCGGCUUCUCAACAGUUUGGCCCCCAGACCUCACCCGUUCCAUCAGAUCAUGGUAAUACUCCUCAACCAGGCAUGUUUAUGAAUCAACAGAACUUCCCUCAAGGCUUCAAUCCCGCAUUCGCAGCUACUCCGUCGCCCGCCCGGCCACCAUCCGCGCAGAACCCCAUGGCGCAAUCCAUGAUGCCGCAACCGAUGGGUCAAAUGCCACAACAUAUGCCCCAAAUGCACCAUGGCCAGAUGCUCACUCCCCAGCAGAUGCACCAAAUGCAACAAAUACAAGCAGCUCAAGCGGCGCAAGGACGUGGUGCGAUGGAUCAACAGAAGAUGAUGUACCAGAUGCGCUUACAGCAACAGCUCCAGCAGGGCGGUAUGUCGAUGGCUGCGCAGAUGCAAGCCCAGAACAUGGCUCAAGGUCGAGGUAUGAUGCCCAAGCAACCGAUGCCGAUGCAGAACGGCCAGAUGCCCCCAGGCGCUAUGCACCCUCAGCAACCAUCGCAAAUGGCGCGCGCAACCAAUCCUGAAGGCUUCCUCAAGAACCUAACGACGUUCAUGAACAUGAAGCAACUUCCCUUGGAGACGAAUCCCAACAUCGAAGGCCGUCCAUUACACCUCCUACAACUUUUUCAGAAUGUUUCCAAAUUUGGUGGAUAUCGGAAUGUAACAAGCCAUAAUCUCUGGAUGCAGGUUGCCGCUUCGGUUGGCUUCAAUCCGCAGCAGAUCCCGUCGGCCUCGAAUCAAGUAAGAUCAAUUUAUGAGCGAAACUUGUUGAAAUUUGAGGAAGCCUGGGCAAUGCAGCAACGAAGCCAACACAUAAAGCAGCAAUCAACCGGAUCGGCAGGCAUGCCUGGUGUACCAAACCAAGGUGUACCACAAAGGAUGGGCCAGAUGCCACCUGGUCAACAUAUACAACCUGGACAAAUCCCCCCUCAAAUGCCGCAACCACAUGCGCAGACACCCGUGAAGCAGAUGACGCCGGGAAUGCAGCAAGCGAACGUCAACGGAUUUUCUACUCCACAACAACCUCGGAUGGCCCAACAACCUCAACCCAAUGCGGGCCAAGGGCACAUGAGAAGUAACAUGUCACGGAGUAUCGAUGCUAGGCCAGUGGCCGGCGAGUUCACGAUACAGUCACCGGCAUCGGCAAGCAAGGGUGGUAGUAUCUCCGUGCAGCCUCCAAGCCAGCAGGCCGAUGUUGCACAUGCGAAUGGUGCUGCAAUGCUACCUUUCCCCGGGCCCUUCGCGUCAGAUCCUGAAGAAUACUCCCCAUGUUCUCGAGAAAUGUACCUAUACGGAGGCUUUGACCUUGACUCGAUGGCCAAGCUGGGCAAUGAGCUAGAGAAAUGGAGGCCGAACAUGCCGCAACCUCAAGAACUUGGUAAUAUCGACCUUCAUGCUCUUACAAAAAGUAUCCAGUGCGGUAUACAUGGGGAAGUACGGCUGGCUCUCGACACUCUCGGGUCCGUGACACGCGCGGCGGAGUACAUACCAACUCUAUCGAUCGAUCUAAGGGGCUGUGAUGAUUUGGUGGAGUCCCUUAUAGAUUGCGCCGAAGAACAAGUCGAUCUGCUGGCUGAAAAGGCGGAGCCAGUCUCGGAUGAGAUAGAUUUGACUUCCUACGAGGAUGUUGUGAGAAGUUGCCGUCUUGAAGCUAUGAGCCUACACAAGCCCCACGUAUUCGGGGACGGCGACUACGAGCUUGAACACGCCGCAGAUCGCCUAUUGGCGAUCACGACGAUCCUACGGAAUUUUUCCUUUAUGGAUGUGAACCAGGUGGUCCUUGCCGAUGAGAUAGUGAUCAAGUUCCUUUGCGGUGUAGUACGGUCUUUGGGUACGCACGAGAAUCUACUGCGAGCUCCGAGGAAUACGCUCGAUUUUAUGAAAGAUGUCAUAGUUUUGCUAUCUAAUGUUGCUGGAUCUAUCGAGAUACCCGGGCGGGAACAAGCGUUGUGUCUCCUUCAGUUUCUGCUUGCUUUCGCGCCAUCACCGGCCCCUUCUUUAACCACCGAACGAGUUGUCUUUUCACCAUACGAACCGUCAGUUCACUUUUACCUACCACACGCCGUCGACUCCCUAGCGAAGCUACUCGCACGCGAUGAACCGAACAGAACACAUUACAAAAUAAUCUUCGCUGCCGAUGCCGCCACCUCUUCUCCUCACGAACUCCUUACGCGGACCUUCGGCCUCGCCGUCUCCCCGAUUCCAGAUCAAAAUAAAGAAAGCCGUCCGGCAAACCUGCCGUCAUUUGUCGAAGCGCGUAAGGCGUUGCUAAUGCAAGGCUUGCUCGCUGCCGACAUUAUUGCUCAGCUCGCCCCGGGAUACGAAUCGGGGGUAACACGAGCUUGGCUCUCCUCAGGGGAGGGAUUUGCGCAGAAUCUUUUCCGACUUAUUCGCACGCUCUGCACGCAGGCCGAACCAACACCUCGAGCGGGUACCAAUGCAAGAACUCAACCGCGGGAAGAUAUGGAUAUCCUCUAUAUAAUUACCUGUGGCGUAUCUACGUUAAAGAGACUGGGCGAGAAGGCGAGAGACCCCAACAACCCAGCCAGCAUACCGCCGAAUGCUCUUCCGACUAGAGAGAGCCUCUUCGGUGCUUUGCAGAGUCUCAAGAGCCCGAAGUGGACAUUCUUAUUGAACCAACUAAGUACCUACGCGGGGCUAGAAGGUUGA